GCGAUGGGUCUGCGAGAAGAAAGUUCCGCUCUGCAUCAUUCGCCGGUUGAAAUCUGCUGAGGAAGCCAGCAUAAUGUGCCGAUGUUUUGAGAGUGAUGUUGACUUUCUGAUGGCGUGAAAUUAAAAGCGACCAUGCCUGCUGUUUUCUUGGACAGGUUACCGCUCCCCAGCUUGCAGGCCUACACCGUAGGCAGCGUGUUGUUGCUGGCUUGUUCCGUGCACUAUGCCAUACAAGUCACUUCGCAAAUUGGAUUAAAUUUCAACGGAACUGAAGUCGGCUUUGGAAGUGAUAAUAAUGCCGUUCUACACAGAAAUUCCACACCCGGUGUUUUACCCGAUGUUUCUUUCGGUGAUCUGUUGUUGGAAAGAUUUAUCUUUAGAAGAGCAGUGGAAGUCGUGUACUUCAUGUUGCAAGAACCAAUGUGCAUAUGGACACUAAUAAAUAUGACAUACUGCUGCUUCAUACUCAUCGGUAAAAUUAUUCAAAAGCUUGUGUUUGGAGAUUUGAGGGUGUCCGAACAACAGCACAUCAAAGAUAAAUUCUGGAACUUUGUCUUCUAUAAGUUUAUUUUCAUCUUUGGUGUAAUGAACGUCCAAUUCAUGGAUGAAGUGGUGUUGUGGUGCAGUUGGUUCUCCAUUUUAGGAUUUCUUCAUCUUUUAGCACAGUUAUGUAAAGAUCGCUGCGAAUAUCUUUCAUUUUCCCCAGCGACACCCAAAUGGACCCACUGUCGGGUGCUCAUGUUGUUAUUUGGAAUACUUAUGAUGUCCUUCAGUCUGUUUGGAAUUUGUAUAUUUGUUGGGCUUCAUGCUGGUAUCAACACAUUUGCUUUCAUGGCUGCCGAGUGUUCAUUAGUCUCUGUUAGAACCUUGUACGUCAUUACAAGGUAUGCAAUAUAUUUAUUGGAUGCUACGCAUGAGGGAGCGUGGGAGAAAAGAGCUUCUUAUGUAUAUUAUACUGAAUUAGGUUUCGAGCUCGCUGCUCUGGUAGUUGAUUUCUUUCAUCAUUUGCACAUGUUGAUUUGGGGAAACAUUUUUUUGUCCAUGGCAAGUCUUGUUAUAGCAAUGCAGCUGAGAUGUUUAUUUUAUGAAAUAAAGCAUCGUUUGAAAAAAUACAAAAACUAUUUGAAAAUUGUGAAGCACAUGGAAUGCAAUUAUCCCAUGGCAACUGCUGAAGAAUUAGAAAAGAAUAAUGAUGCUUGUGCCAUAUGCUGGGAUCAUUUGGAUCUGGCACGUAAACUACCUUGUGGUCAUUUGUUCCAUAAUUCAUGUUUGCGAUCUUGGCUAGAACAAGAUACUUCUUGUCCAACAUGUCGCAAAGCUCUGAGUGACAGUGUAGAUAAAAAUUUCAGCUAUGAUAUUACUCAGUUUGAUCAUACUGAUAUUUUAGACAGAGAUGCCACAGAACAUGUAAAUUCUCAACCAAGAAACCAAUUCUUUCACUUUGAUGGAUCUCAAUAUGUUAGUUGGCUUCCUAGUUUCUUGGUAGAAGUAAAUCACCCCAAUGUUGUAGAACGCAGGAAUGCUACUUCUGAUCAAUCAUCACAGUUUGACAGUAUGGCACGCCAAGUUCAGCAGAUGUUUCCUCACAUGCCAUUGAAUCUUAUCAUGGAUGAUCUCUGUUCUACUAAAUCUGUUGAAGUCACUGUUGAAAAUAUUUUAGAUGGAAAACUAGUCCCACCUCCACCUGCUUUUCAAAAUGGUUAUAUUCAAGACUCCAAUCUUCAGGCAUCAGAUAACAGUCAAAAUUCAUUAUUUAUGGGGAAACCACAGAGCAUUUCCUGUCGAGGUCAGUUUGACUACAUUGAAGAUGCUGUAUUUCCGCCUGAAAGCUAUGACUUGGAAGAACUGGAUAGAUUUCCAGAUUUAAUGCGCAUGCACAUAGCUUCACCUCUUGGAUGUCGAUUUUCUAAGUCACCCCAAGAAAGAGAACAAAUUUUAGCAAAAAGAAAAGAAGACCUGAUAAAACAAGCUAGGAGAAAAUAUUUAACAAAGUCUUCAGUACACUAAGAUGCUGAAUCAACAAUUUCAGUCAGGAUGUUGAAGAAGAAAAUUUCAUGUUCAAAUCAUGUGUUAAUAUUCAUCAUAUCAUAAAAUUAAACUAUUUGUGAUGUUUCAUUUGUAGCUUUGUUCAGAAUGAUAACUGAAUAGAGCACCAUCUUGCAUUAGGACUUGCAUUGAAUAAAGAUGCCGUUGUUGCUUUUA